AUGAAUUUUGUUUUUGAUAUUAAAAAUGCUUCGAAUGAUUUACUUUUUCUUGAUAGUUAUCAACACAGCAAAAAUUCUUGGGAUGAACUCGAAAUUCAUCCAAACCCUAUUGGACGCUCUGGAGUGACAUUUGACAUUAGAAUUUAUGCAACUUCAUUUCAAUUUCAAAUCAGCAUAAAUAACGGGAUUGAUUUAAUUAAUUAUAGAUAUAGAUUACCUCCUUGGGCAACGAAUUAUAUAACGGUCAGUGGAGACAUAAAUGGUGUAUUAUUUGGUAACAAAUCAAGUAGAUGCAAAGCUUAUUAUGAAAAGGAAAAAAAUACAGAAAAAGCAGAAAUCCCGUUCCCGACAGAUAUUUAUCAAGUAGACACAAACCUUCCAUUAAAAAACGGCGAUUUAAUUAGCAUACAAGGAAUUGUUAAAUUACCUAAAAAAUUUCAUGAGAAUGCAGUAAAUAUUAGUAUAAGUUUUUAUCAUGAAGCUCUAGAUUGGCAUCCUUCUGUUGGACAAACAGUCUUUCAAGCUAAUUUCUCAACAAAUUAUGUUACAUUCAAUACUUAUAUGGAGGGCUGGAAAUUUAACAAAACAGAAGAGCCCAUUUACAAACUUCGUAGACCUUUGGCAAUUGGACAAUUAUUUGAUUUAGAAAUAUUUAUUAAUCAAAAAGAAUUUAAAAUUCAUUAUGGAAUAAUGCAAAAAAUGAAUUAUACACAACAAUUACCCUCUUGGACUAUUCAAUAUAUUAAAGUUGAUAGUGAGGCUUUGGCACAUCCACCUAGAGGGCAUUAUGUUAAAAUCGAAAGAAUGAUGGAAGAUUAA